AUGAUUAUCACAGCACCUGCAUUAUUAAUUCUUUUGGGGACUUCAGUGGUAUUGCAAGCAGACUUACGUCCUGAUGAAAAAUUUUUGCUUCUCCCACCUGUCAAUUUCACCAUUAAAGUUACCGGUUUAGCUCAAGUUCUUUUACAUUGGGAACCAAAUCCUGAUAGAGAGCAAAGGAAUGUUAAUCUAGAAUAUCAAGUGAAAAUAAAUGCCCCACAAGAAGAUGAUUAUGAAACCAGAAAUACUGAAAGCAAAUGUGUAACCAUCCUUCAUAAAGGCUUUUCUGCGAGUGUGCGGACCAUCCUGUGGAACGACCACUCACUCCUAGCCAGCAACUGGGUUUUUGCUGAACUUCAAGUUCCACAAGGAUCUCCUGGAACCUCGAUUGUAAACUUAACUUGCACUACAAACACUGUAGCAGAUAAUGGUAUGCAUUUAAGGCCAUAUCAAGUUUCUCUUCACUGCACCUGGCUUGUUGGCAAGGAUGCCCCUGAGGAUACACAGUAUUUUCUCUACUAUAGGUAUGGUUCUUGUACUGAAGAAUGCCAAGACUACAACAAAGACUCACUGGAGAGAAAUGUCGCAUGCUGGUUUCCAAGGACUUUUAUCCAUAGCAAAGGACGUGACUGGCUCGCAGUGUAUGUCAAUGGCUCCAGCAAGCAUGCUACCAUCAAGCCCUUUGAUCAGUUGUUUGCUCUUCAUGCCAUUGAUCAAGUAAAUCCUCCACUGAAUGUCACAGCAGAGAUUGAAGGAACUCGUCUCUCUAUCCAAUGGGAGAAACCAGUUUCUGCCUUUCCAAUCCAUUGCUUUGAUUAUGAAGUGAAAAUAUACAAUACAAGAAAUGGUUAUUUUCAGACAGAAAAAAUGACGACCAAUGCAUUCAUCUCAAUAAUUGAUGAUCUUUCUAAGUACUGCAUUCAAGUAAGAGCAGCAGUGAGCUCUGUGUGCAGAGAAACAGGGCUCUGGAGUGAGUGGAGUCAACCUAUUUAUGUGGGAAAUGAUGAGCAAAAGCCCUUGGCUGAAUGGUUUCUCAUUGUGCUUACGGCAACCGUCUGCUUCGUCUUGUUAAUUUUCUCCCUCAUCUGUAGAAUGUGUCAUUUAUGGGCCAAGUUGUGUCCUCCAGUUCCAGCACCAAAAAGUAGUAUCAAUGAUCUAUUUGUAACCAUCCACUAUGAGAAAGCUGGGUCCGGUGAAACCGAAAUUGAAGUUGUAAGUUAUGUGGAAGAUCCUGGAUUUGAGACCCUGGAAGAUUCUGUGUUUUGA